ACACAAUACACACAAUGUAGCACCCAGGCAUAAAACACGUCGUCGCCCUCUCCAUCAUGCAGUUUCGUGCUCUAGUUCCACACAAUGGUCGUUCUCCACCGACUCCUCCUUUCUCUCUGGCCCGCUGGCGCCAUGCUUCUCGUCUCCUCCUUCCUUCUCAACCUUCCUACCACGUCUGCCAUUCCUAUCUACAGUGACCCCCACCAGUGCUCUCUCCGCGUCUCCGUCCGUACUGACGUCGAAGGAGAGCAGCAGCAGACACAGGCAAUGGGCAGCGUUGUCAUCGCCAGCAACGUCACCUCCUCUGACGCCCCCACAGAAAACCCCACCAGCUCUGCCCCCACGACCUUCUCCCACACAGUGAACUCAACUUUCCCCACACAUACCCCCACCACAUCAACCUCCACAAACACCCCCACGGAUGCUCGCGUCUCCUCGCUGCCCUUGCUUAACGGUGACAUGCCUGCCCUCUAUGCUGGAUACCUCAAUGUGUCCGCUUCCUCCACAUCCCCCCACUCUAUCUUCUAUGCCUAUGCUCCGAGCGAGCAGGGCUCCGACGAUCUGAUCGUCUGGCUGCAGGGAGGUCCAGGCUGUGCAGGCACCAUCGGGCUCUUUGCUGAGAAUGGCCCUGUGCGAUUUGGACCGGGGGACAGUGCCCCGGUGCGUAGUGAACAUUCAUGGACCCGUUACGCCGAUGUUCUUUACCUCGACCAGCCGUUUGGUACAGGCUUCUCGUACGCUGUCACUGAAGCCGAUUACACGACGACGAUGGAUGCCGCCUCUGCUGAGUUUAUUGCCUUCCUUGACGGAUUUUUCGAUGCCUACCCCGACACGGCGAGCAAGCGUCUUUUCUUCGUCGGUGAAAGCUACGGCAGCUUCUGGGGCGCAUAUUUUGCUCGAGCUCUCGCUGACAGACCCGAUAUUUAUGACCGGAUCGUUUCCGUUGGAAUCGUCAGUGGUCUUUCUACCACUCAUGACACCCAGUACAGCGUCUCCAACAGUCUUUGGUUGAGUCACCUCAACAAGCUUGGCUACUACACUCAAGACAAGUCCACGUGGAACAGCUUUUCCCGUGUCAACGCCCGUUGCGGCUACGAUAAAGUGAUGCAGGAGUUCACUUUUCCCGCAUCACAAACUCCCUUGAGUUCUAUCAGCACUAGCACCAGCUCUUCGAGUACAAGCAGUGGUGCCGGCGCCGGAGCUACUGUGUCUUCGUUGACUGACAGCUCAGGCAAUGCUUCAUACACGAACUCGUCUUCCUCCGCCGAGGUGGAUGUUUUUUCUUACUUUCCUUCUUGCGAUACUAACGACGCAACCUAUAUGCUCAUGUACUUGCAAAACACAUGUCUCAUCAGCUACGACGUUUCAAUCGAUUGCACAACAGCCUCUCAGCUCACCGACCACUUAACACCGUAUCUUAACCGAGCCGAUGUUCGCGAAGCUCUUCACGUACCAUCGAGUGUCGCUGCAUUUAGCACGGCUAAUGGUGUCUUUGGCGACGGUUGCAACUACGAUCUGCUUCAAAAGAUCAACACAGUUACAUACGAGCCCGUGCUCAAGUCGGUGGUUCCUUCGCUCAUUGCCGAUGGGAAGCGUGUCGCUUUCCUCUCUGGUGCUCUUGACUAUCAGAUCCCAUGGUCGGGUACGCUGCUUGCCAUGCAAAACACAACUUGGGCCGGCUGGCAAGGCUUUCAAACGGAGCCAGACUGGGAUAAUCCGGUCGGUUUCACUUUGAACGAGCGUGGUCUUUCGUUUACGCUGCUCAACUCUGUCGGACACAUGGCCUCCAUGAAUGAUCCCGACCGUGUAAAUCGCUGGCUACAGGAGCAAGUUUUGUAAAGAGGGAUUCAUCAACAAUGAUUCAACGAAAGCCACUUAAAAAAAAAGGUGUUUUGUUCCGACACACGAUCAAUCGCAAUAUUGUUAAUGUGUGCUGCUGGCAGUUCACAGACUCCCUCCCUUAACUUCUUCAUCCUUCCUCGUUCCCUGAUGCAUUGUUCUCUCGGUACCUUUUUGCAUGUUUUCAACUCUCAAAUUAUUUCUUUCUUUCUUUUUUCCAACUGGUACAACGGACCUUUCACAUCAUUUUCUUGCAUUCAAUCCUUCGUUUGUUUUCUUAGUUCAUGUCAUAAUGUACAUUCAUUAACUGCAUA